CAGUGCAGAAACUUCACCUUCCUCUCCUCUACUAGUACAUUUUUUUAUUACUCAAAAUUUGUUUUCUUUUACUAGUUUGUUUUGGAUAUAAGUGAUAAAAAUGGAGAACGAGGAUGUUCCGUCAUCUCCUUCAACCCCUGCAACACCAGGUACUCCUGGUGCACCACUGUUUGGGGUGGUUAGGGGAGAUCAAAGAGGAGGGAUUUCGAGAAAAUCCCUUCUCAAAAGCUGCAAAUGCUUCAGUGUUGAAGAAUGGUCCAUGGAAGAAGGGAGAUUACCCCCUGUCUCCUGCUCAUUGCCGCCUCCUCCGGUCUCACUCGCAAGAAAGGUGGGAGCUGAGUUCAUAGGCACUUUCAUACUGAUCUUUGCAGGUACAGCCACUGCUAUUGUGAACCAAAAGACCCAGGGCUCCGAAACACUGAUCGGCCUGGCCGCCUCCACUGGACUUGCUGUCAUGAUUGUUAUACUCUCCACCGGUCACAUCUCGGGAGCACAUCUCAAUCCAGCUGUCACCGUUGCCUUUGCUGCACUCAAACACUUUCCUUGGAAACAUGUGCCGGUGUACAUUGGAGCACAAGUAAUGGCGUCACUGUGUGCUGCAUUUGCACUGAAAGGAGUGUUUCAUCCGAUGAUGGGAGGGGGAGUGACAGUUCCUUCAGGGGGAUUGGGUCAAGCUUUUGCUAUGGAAUUCAUUAUUAGCUUCAAUCUCAUGUUUGUUGUCACUGCUGUAGCCACCGACACCAGAGCUGUGGGUGAGUUGGCGGGAAUCGCGGUUGGAGCCACUGUAAUGCUCAAUAUACUCAUAGCCGGACCAUUUACAGGUGCUUCGAUGAAUCCAGUAAGAACACUAGGACCGGCCAUGGCAGCAAAUAACUACAAAGCUAUAUGGGUGUACUUCACUGCCCCCAUACUGGGAGCCCUUUGUGGUGCAGGAACCUAUACUGCAGUCAAGCUGCCCGAGGAAGAUGGUGAAAAGCCAUCAAAUGUGAGGAGCUUCAGGAGGUAAUUUGCAGAUGGCUCAAUACUCGGUUUCAUAAUUAUAUAUGUUCACACAUUGGCUUCUGGAUAUAGCUCUGAGUAUGUAUCAAUCAUAUAUUAUAGUCAAAGUGUAUAUUAGAGUUUGAUAUGGGAAACAACUAAAAUAAAGAUGACAAGUCGCAUCUCUCAUGGUGU